UCUCAAUGUCUUCCUCCCACUAGGUCUCUGGAAGUUCGCUAUUUCACAUAUGGCAUCCUCUUUGGCUGUGGCAGCUCCUUUGCCUUUCAGCCCUCGCUGGUCAUCCUUGGUCACUAUUUCAAGCGUCGCCUUGGCCUGGCCAAUGGCAUCGUGGCCGGCAGCAGCUGCCUCAUCUCCGUGCCGCUGCCCUUCUUCCUGAAGAUGGUGGGAAAGGCCAUCGGGCUGGCGCAUACAUUCCAAGUGCUCAGUGCCUUAAUGCUCAUCCAGAUCUUCUUGUCGCUGACAUAUCGGCCCCUCCUGCCACCCUCCUGUGACUCUCAGCAUGAUGGGCAGGACAAACUGGGCAGCCGGAGUAUGCGGCAGCAGUGCUGGGCCCAGAUGCGCAAGUAUUUCAACUUGAGGGUUUUCCGGAGAAAGACCUAUCGAAUUUGGGCCUUUGGGAUUGCUACAGCUGUCCUGGGGUAUUUUGUACCAUACAUGCACCUGGUGAAAUAUGUGGAGAAGGAAUUUAAAGAAACCAAAAAAGACUGGAUUCUCCCAGUCUGUCUUGGAGGCAUGUCUGGGCUGGGGCGCUUGAUUUCAGGCCGCAUUGGGGACUGCAUACCUGGGCUGAAGAAGAUUUACCUGCAGGUUGCAUCCUUUGUUCUGUUUGGCAUCAUGUGCAUGAUGAUCCCGCAGUGCCGAGGGUUUGAGGGCGUCAUCGUCAUCUGCCUCUUCCUCGGCCUUUGCGAUGGCUGCUUCACCACCAUUAUGGCCCCCAUUGCCUUUGAGCUGGUGGGGCCCAUGCAAGCGUCCCAGGCCAUAGGGUACCUGAUGGGGCUGAUGGCUGUGCCCAUGACUGCGGGCACACCAAUUGCAGGUUGGUGACACUGUGGUGCUGCACCUGGAUCCUGCUCUUGGGAAGGAGCAGAUGCUUAUGGCUGCUGUCACUGACGGUGGUGUUUUGGCAUAGGAGCUUUUGG